GCGACAUCCAUGGUGGCACGUAAACAACUUCGUGGUGAUCCUCUCAACAGUAUAUUUAUUGAUAUGUAGUGUUCAAAAAUCAUGUCGGUUGAUUCAAAAGAAUCAUUUUGGGAAGAACACCAAGAGUCACUGAAGCGAAUCCGCACACAUCUAGUGAAGGGUCAGAAAGGUCCAGUCAAGAGGUCGACGCCUGUCCGUAAAACGAGGACUCCACCUUCAGCGAGUUCGGGGGACAGCUCGACACAGUAUUUGAUUCGAUCACCGGUCGGGAGAAGUCAUGCACCGUAUGGGAAAUACCGCCGCACACCACUGCCAGUUUUACCAAAGUUGCAGACUCCGCGACAGCAGAGUCACUUCAAAGAUUCCAAAAACUUGAGGAAGGAGAAAUAUGAGGUUGUUCCUCCCGUCCGACCUAAACACGCCUUCCUGCACGCGAGGACGCCAGAUCAUGACAGCUGGGGGGAGGAGAGUGACGAGUCCGACGAUGAAGAUGAUGUGCCGCACCCGUUACCUUUCCACGCUCAGUAUGUGACCCCCGCGCCAGUCAUGUUCGGGCCUCCAUUCCCGGUCUACUAUCCACCUCCACCAAAAGGGGCAAGUCGAACAGGAAGAUAUUAUGACAGAAAGCGAAGGAGAUCGCCAGAGAAAGGAUACGGUGAUAUUUAUCGGAACCAUCGACGUCACGCGUCGCAGCCUGUACGGAACAGUCGCAGAAACAAGAUGAGGAGUAAACGACCGCCUCGGCAGUUGGGACCGCCAGUCCCAAACGGCCUCCCCAUGGCCUACCCUACAGGUUACCCAGGUUACCCAGGAACCCUGACCCAUGGUUACCUACCUGGUUACCAUGGUACCUUGACCCAUGGAUACCCAGUACCGAUGUUAAACCUUCCUUUCUUCUAUUACUGUAUAGUGCUGUACAUCUACCCGAGGAAUGCGGAAGAUAGUGAAGAUGAUGAUAUUGAAAGUCAAGUCGAAGAUCAUCUGAUUAAAGUGGCUCUCGAUCAUUAUAAUAAACACCCACUUUUUGCCAGCGAUUUUGUUUCUGAUUUCAUCACCGAUUUCCUAGAAGAGGAGUUAAUUCCCGAUAUUCUGAUUGAUGCGCUAACUGAGGCUGACAAAUCGCCACAGGACCACCCAUAUUACAUACCGACUCUGUAUGUGUGUGAAGAAUUCCUCGGAGAUGAAAUUGAAAGUAUGGUGCGGGAUGUCAUACGAGAGUCCAUGAAUGAAGUCGUCGAUGACUAUCUGACGGAGGAGUUACUGAGGCGUGACCCACUGGAGGAUUGGCUUACUCAGCUGGUGGACGACGCUGUGUCCGAGAGUUGUCGCGAGAUAGUCCGCGAGUCUGUUAUGGACCUGGCUCAGGAAUACCUCGACGACCAGCUAGUGUUAAAUAUCUACAGUGACCUGGUCGCCGACUAUAUACAGAGUAUUGGUGAUGAUCUACUGGAGGACUGUAUGUUUGACAUGGCCGCUGAAGACUUUCUCGAGGAGCACGUCAUAGGACCGGAGGUGGAUGAGGAAUCAUUCGGGGUGGCCACAGAUGUCAUCAAACAUUUCGACAACAAGGUCACUCAACAACAACUGAAGGCCAUCCGCCAUCAAGCAGGUGAUAAGCUUGUUGACUCAUUCUGUUUAGAGUACUUGCUCUCGCUGGUGUCUCGGCAAGGCAGAGUGUGGACGGAAAGUGACUUCGCCAGUAAAUAUCUCGACGACCUGAUGACGAACUUGUUGUUAGAGCAAUACUUCAAUGUGAAGACAGACCGUAACAAAACACUGCACUGUCGACCUCUCCACAAAUUGCAUGAAAAAGUCGUCACUGAUGUCGCGAUGGACGUGUUGUUGCAGCAGGUGUCAGCGUCGCUCGAUGAAGACCUGGCCGAUGUCGACGAGUAUGAGCGAGGAGUGAAAGACGAAGUCCUCCCAGCAAUACCAACAGUUGUCAGGUGA